GGGUUAGUGGCGUCACAGUUGCAGUACCACUCCUGUCCUGCAGGUGGCAGUGCAGUCUAAACGGGAACGCUGAGCGACGGCUAAUGACAGCAGCUAACCUUACAGCAAUUUCCCUUGUUUUGUUUAUUAAAGAAGGAAAAUGGACAACUCUCUUGCCUCGUAUAUUCACAGAUACACCGUUAUCGCUUUUUAAUCGGGAGGCAGAGCUCUAGCUCCGGUUACAGGUAUGAACUCUCUGGUUGGAUACGGAGUGUCCUCCGACUCCGACAGCGAUGGCGCUGCAGAGGAUGUAAACAGUGGCAAAGCUGGCUCUGGGAAAACGUGUGAAGAGGAAGCGCCUUUUAAAAAGACCCGCAACUUUUUGCUGGAGUCUGGUUCCGCUUCCAGUGAAUCGGAGGCAGAGGACGAGGAUCCAGAGCCCUCACCACCACCUACGUCGGCAGCCCGCCCUUCCAAACUGCCUACUCCUUCACUGGACUCCAUCACCUCUAAAAAACUGCCCUCUCCAGCGCUAAAUGCGUCAUCUGACAGCAGCGUGUUUGCCAACCCAUUUAAGGCUCAAGCAGACCAGAAGCUCAGCGCCCUGCAGAAGCACGUCCCCCUCACCAUGCAGGCCAAACCCUCCCAGAUAGGAGGUAAAAGGAUAUGCAUGUCCUACAGGAAAGAUGGAAGGUGCAGGUUUGGGAUCAAAUGUAAAUUUGCUCAUGACAGUGACCUCCAGAAGCCAAUCAUCUCCACUGACUGUCAUCCACCUGAGAGUGAAGAGACACCAGAAACUGGAGGCGGUUCAUCUGGCGGAAGGUCCCAGAGGGAAACAAAGGAGGAAGAGCCAGAAGGGCAGCAUGUGAAGAAGAAGAGGGUCGGACUGAGUGACAGCUUGAUUCCUCCUAAAAGAGCUAUGAAGCAAUAUACGAUGCAAAGGAACAGAGAGCGAGCCAAUAUGUCCUGACUCACUUCUAGUUACAUUACGUCUUCCAGACACUUUGAUUCAAUACUACUUAUAUCCCACAUACAGAGUAGGAGCCUGCCUAAUAAAAUUUAAACACUCUGAUGCAAAGAGUUGGGGUUUGAACCACCAACCACACUGCUAAUGGCUCU